GACACUUCCCUCACGAUGCACAGAUCAGCUGGUCAUUGAGGCUGACACGGCACAGACUUAUAAAAUAGCGCAUGAGCAAAAUUGUUCUAUAAGGAUGAUUGAAUUCAUGAUAUUUUACCAAAUUAUCCUACGUUAAAAAAAUUUGCAACCUGUGAGCGAGUACAGUAUCUGCUGUUUGUGUGUUUGUAUGUGUGUAAGUGAAAUACGGUCAGAUCAUCGGUCAAUUAUAGAGGGCGAUGUUUACUUUGUUGACCUAUUGCCUAUUGAGCCGUUUUCUACAGAAAGAAAGGCUUCAAGAAAACUGAAUUGGAAAUGGCCAAAACUACAAUAAAUCAAAGUAAUUACGGACUAUUAGAUGACGAAGCCACCCAUAGGCAAAUUGAAGUCGCCUUUUCCAAGGAAAUGUCAACAACAAGUAAGUCUUCUGUCGUACAAGUGAGGGAAGACGAUGUGAAACCAGGCCUAGAAUUCCAAAUUCUUGAAACACUGGCUUCAGUCGCGACGACAAGCGACCCGACGAGCCUCUUGGCUCAGCCACCGCCCCCGACUAUGUCCCAAGCCAAUAAGCACGAAUUAGUUGACGCUCUAACCAGGGGUGAGCUGACUCUUAUGGACAUUGCACGCAAACAUCCCCCAUCAGUUAUCAGGCAAAAUGAAGAUGGUAUGGAUUCUAGUCACUGCUCCUCUGGAUUCAGUCCUGACUCACAAAUCAGCAAAAUGCUGGCAAAGAAGAGAAAAAGAAAAAACAUGAUUCAGAAACUAAAAUCGGAAAAAGGUGGAGAAACAGACAGUCGCAAACCAGGAAAGAAGAAAACCUCCAAAAAAAAGAAGAUGAAAUUAAUGGGUAUCUCACCGGAGAUGAGCACUUCCAGGAUGCCUUCGGCCAGUGCCAUCCUCGAUACACCUCCACGGGAAGGAAUGGAUAAGGAAAUUGAACUGAUCAGAAAUUUUAAAUGUGAUUGUAAGUAUGGUGGUGAAGGAGAAUCAUGCAUAAGACAAUUCAAUGAUUCUGCUGUGUUACAGCUUAGGUACUCAAUGUCAGAUGUUACAUCGUAUGAGAAAGAUCUUCUACUUCUUGGAAAGUUAAGUUGCACAAUUAAUGUCUCUAAAUUAACAAAUUGUACUCGUAGGAGAGAGCAGAAGGAAAGGCAACAACAGAGAAUUCUGUAUUAUGUGGAGAAUCACAGAGUCUGUAGGGCUACAUUCAAAUUCAUGCACAAAAUAAGUCAGAAUAAAUUAACGGCUCUGAUUAAGUGGUACAAAGGACAUGGGUUAACGCCGAGGAAGAAACGAGUUGGAGGGAAAAAAAUUUCAAAAGAUGCAACAGAACGAAAAUCUCCAAAGAGGAAGCCUAGCUCUCCUAAGUCACCUGUUACAACAGUUUCUAAAGUAAUGAUUCCACACCAACAGCCACAUCAGCAGCAGCAACAGUCACAACAACAGCAACCAAUUCCAACAGUCCAGCAAGCACCUCGUCCUCAACGUGUGACAAACCAAUCUCAGCCCCAGCCCCAGCCCCAGCCCCAGCAGCAACAGGCACAACAGCAACAGCAACAGCAACAACAACAACAGCAGCAACAACAACGUCAACAACAACAACAUCAGCAACAGCAACAUCAACAGCAACAUCAACAGGUCCAACAGGUAUUCAUUCAACAAAACCUAAUGCGACAGGCAGCGCCCCCGCAGAUGGCAAUGCAGAUGCACCAGCCCCCUCCUCAACAGUACAUCCCUCCCCAAUUCCACCAUCAUAGUCAGGCAAUGCAAUAUCAUCAUCUGUUGACACCACAGCAACAGGCCUAUUCAAUGCCCCAGCCCAACUACAUGCAGUAGUCACACAAGGCAUCAUCAAAGUGUAAGAGUCGUAACAUGUAUCGGCCUAUUUAGUGAUAUUUUGGAUGAUGUAAUCAAAGUUAACAAUUUACAUACAUUUAUAUUCACUUAAAUUAAGAACCUAUUUUUUUACUAUUAUUGGAAAUUCAAAAAGGUGAUUAAUUUCAAUCAGAACAAUUUUGAUUUUUAAUACUUAACACCAACAUAAGAUUGUAUAUCAAGAUUGAAAGUUUGGAGAUCAAUCCACUUCAAAAUGCAAUACAGUAUUUUUGUGCUUUUCGGGUCCAAUCUUUCGAAAAGUUAUAUUUUUUAACUAUUGUUUAAAAAAUACCUUGAUACCUUCCAAAAGAAGAACUCAUUAACAGAUUUAGUUAAAAUUAUUAUGUCCUCUCAUAUGUGAUAUAAUAUCAAUCAUACAGUAGAAUAAAUCAUAAUGCAUUGAACCAAGAGAAGGGAUGAAUGUGUUGAUAUCAAUGGUUUUAAUUGUGAUAUUUUAAUAGUCAUUUUUAUAUCCUUGAAAUUUAACUUGAAAUAAUGUCCUGAACAUUGUAUGUAACAUUAGAUUUUGUUUUCCACAGAAAAUAAAAUUGCCAUAAAUAUUUAAACUAUUGGUCUGUAAAAUUGUCUCAUUGGAUAAUGUUACUGUCAACAACGAAUAAGAUGAGUAAGAAAAGAGAUCAAGUGACUCUUAAAAUUCUUCUCAGAUUAAACAUUUACAUGGCAUUUAACCAAAACAUGAGUCACUCAUUGAAAGGUGUAGGUAGUUGCUUGUGUGAUUUUGUUAAUGUGUGCUCAUGACCUUUUCUAUAGCUGAGCAAAGCCAAGAAAGUUAAUCUGUGACUCAGCUGGUAUGAACUACUAGGUACAGUCCUUGUUUGAGUGACUCAGUAUUCAGAUCACAAUUAGUUCAAUGGAUUAGCGUUUCAGAUGCAAUUAUUGCCCCAUUGAUUCAGUAAAUAGGUUACAGUAUCUAAUCCUAAACUAUUCAAGUAUUGAUGGAACCUAUAUGAUUGCAUAAACCAACUGUAUAUGUUUUUUAAAGAUUAUUAAUAUUUUAUCUAAUAAUUCUUGAAGGUUUGCAUGGCAAGUAAACGAUUAAUGAUAGGUGAAUUUCAGUACAUCUCAAAACCAUAUUUUAACACAUGGUAAUAAGGUAUAAAAUGAUUAAGAUAUGUUAAUAUUUUAUUUGUGUUAUUUUAAUAUUACUGUAUAUUUUAGCAUUAUUAUUAUUAUUUAUUAUAUAAUUAUUUGAUCUGGAAUUCUUCAGUUGUAUAUUAGCUUAUAUUUAUUACUGUUUUUGUUUUUUUAAUUUGUAAUUGUUAAUUGUUCAAAUUAAUCUGGACACAAAUCAGGUAUCGAUUUGGUCAUGUUUUGUUCAAGUACUUUUAUCAUUUUAUUCACUCUUAAAAUGUAUGAUUUUUCUCAUUUUAAGUGCUCGUUUACAUAAUUGUCCUGUACAUGUGUAUCAUUACAUAUAUUUGAAUGUAUACUUUAAUAAAUUUUAACAAAUGCAAUUAAAGAUUUGUGGGUCAAUAUGAAGAAAUACGGAUUUUCGGUACCAAUAUCUUACUGAUCAUAGUAUUUUUUAGGCUCGCAUUUUUGUUCAGCUACAUUUUUAUUAACAUUUACCCUAAGUAAACGUAUAUUAAAUAUAAUUCCAUUAUUGAGUGCAUAUAGUAUACUAUGGUGCAACAUUUUAAAGUUACGGAACAUUUUUUGUAUUGUUUACUACCAGGUAUAUAUUAACUUAUAGGGCCAUCAAUCAAAAAUAUAACCGUAAGAUUUGACAAAGAAUUAUUACAUAUCUGUACCUAGUUUGCAUAUACUGAUAAUUUAAUCAAAUAUUUGGUACGUACAGAGGAAUGUAUAAAAUAAUUCGCUUCUGUGUGAUAGGCUUUUCAUGAGUUGAAGACAAUUAUUUUGAAUUUCAUCUGGUGUUGACGUGAACUUGUACUAGUAAAAUCUCAUGAGACCCAGCAGUAUUGAAGUGAGCCCUCUAUCAGUAACGAGUUUACGUUUUGAGAUGGAUUAGUGACUGAUAUGUCGGAAUUCUUAAAGGCGUACGAGUCAGAAAUGUGUUGAUUUAUUAUUAAUAUUAUAUUUUAAAUUAUGUAAUUUAAAUUUACAUUUAAUUAGAUUUGCAGGCGAUAACGGUAGGAUUUUUAAUGUUCUACAUUUUUAUUGAACUACUAGUACAUGCUGAUUUUAUUAACUGAUGGUUUUGGGCAAAAAAUGUACAGUAAACGAUGGUUAUUACCGGACAAUGUUGCUGGUGUUACAGUUUACCUGGACCAGUUGUUAUAGUUUGUUAUAUGGCUGUGUUGAGCUAUAGAUGAUAUUCAGUAUAUCAAGUUCAAAGUUCAAAUAUGACUGACUUUGUAGUUAACGUUACUAGUUUUCAGUUAAAAUUUAGAAUGAGAAAAUAUUUUUCCUUGCGACAACGUUAACAGUUCCAUAAAUAGUGCCGUUCAUAUCUUUGCAUAAACUCUUAAUCAGUUUCAAGAUUUUCUAUUAAAACGUCUGUAAAUCAUCGAAAACUUAUUUGUUUUGGUGUCUCAUUGGAAGUUUGUAAUCGUUUAUAAAUAAUUAAAUGUUUUAAUUUGGUUUUCGAGGAUUUUAUUGCCAGUUGUGUAUUUUUACAAUAAAAUGCUGAUUUUACUGGGUCAAAUUAUAUUGAACUCAUUUUCCUUUUUUUCGGUAUGGUGUUAUUUAAAUACUCCUAAUAUUUCUACGAAUUUUACAAAUUUCUAAGAAAUUUUUUGACACAAUUAGCAUUAUUUGUUAUUAAGGGUGUUGUUUACUUGAAUACUCUGUAUUUGAACCACGUACUGUUUAAAAUCAUUUGAAUCAUAUGGUUAAUGUUAAUUGUAUUGACAUGGGUUGUAUACAAAUGAAAUAUUUCACGGCCUCGUAGAUGUUAUGGUAAGAUAAGAUAAUUUUUAAUUGUAUUUACUUGUUGGAAUCUGCCUUGAGAAGAACCUCCACAGUCCUCAUUAGAUACGGAAGUGUAACCUUUAUUUUUAAUAAUAAUAAUAAUAUAGGAAUUUAUAUAAGUACAAUGAUCCUUUAUCUUUUUCAUAAAUAAAAAAUCAUCGGAUAUAAUA